GCUUAUGCCCCCCAAGGCGACAACGUCUACCUGAUGCCGGUCCCCAGCAAGGGACAGCAGGGUCUCUACCCGGGCUCGGCGCCCACCGGACAGUUUCCGCCUGCCCCGGCUAAGCAGCUGCCCGCCUACCCAAAGCAGACGCCUCCCCACACCUUCCCCAGCUCCAGCCAGGAGAUCUACCAGGUGCCCCCUUCCCUGGGCCAAGCAGCGGAGGCGUACCCCGGGGGCUCUGCCAGCCCCCCCCAGGACGUCUACCAGGUUCCUCCCUCGGCCGGUCAGGCUCAAGACAUCUACCAGGUGCCCCCGUCAUUGGAUAUGAGGAGCUGGGAAGGGCACAAGCCCCAGGGAAAGGUGCUGGUGCCCACCCGCGUGGGGCAAGUGUACGUCUACGACUCUCCCAAGGGUGAGCAGGAUGAGUACGAUUUCCCUCGCCACCUCCUCUCCACGGGCUCCCAGGAGAUCUACGACGUGCCGCCUGUCCGAGGGGGGGUCCCGAGCCAGUUCAGCCAGGAGGUCUAUGACACUCCCCCCAUGGCAGUGAAGGGUCCCAACGGGCAGGACCCAGGGCAAGAGAUCUACGAUGUGCCCCCCAGCGUGGAGAAGAACCUGCACCAAACUGUGUACGACGUCCCCCCCUCGGUGAGCAAGGACGUGCCGGAUGGCCCGGUGCGGGAGGAGACCUACGACGUGCCCCCCGCCUUCGCCAAGCAGAAAGCCUUCGACCCUUCCCGCCACCCCCUCAUCCUGGCCCAGCAGGAGCCCUACUUGCCAGAGGAUGUCUACGACGUGCCGCCGGCAGCUGGGAAAGGUGCCUCCGAGCCACCGCUCUCCCACGAGAUCUACGACGUGCCCCCCAGCCUCAGGAAGCUGGGGGGGUCAGCCUUCCCCUCCCAGGAGGUGUACGAUGUGCCACGGGACCUGCACGCCCUGGGCAAGGGCUCCCUGGACACAGAGGGCGAGUACAUCUACGACGUCCCACCGCAAGUGGACCGUGAGGUCAAGGGCGCCGACGCCAAGCGCCUCUCGGCCUCCAGCACGGGCAGCACCCGCAGCAACAUCUCCACGUCCCCCGCCGGCACCCGCGGGGCAGCCGAGGGUGUCCGGACGGCCCUCCGGGACCUGCUGGAGUUUGCCCGGGGGGCGGUGGGCAACGCCGCCCAGGCCUCCGACCGCUCCCUCUACGCCAAGCUCAGCAAGCAGCUGCAGAAGAUGGAGGAGGUCUACCAGGCCCUGGCACGGCACGGCCAAGCGCUGGACGCUUGCCACUGGGCCCCGAGCGCCCUGGCCGGUGGCAAGCCGGGCACGGAUGACUUGGAGCACUUUGUCAUGCAUUCGCGUGGCGUCCCUGAUGACACCAAGCAGUUGGCCUCCUUCCUGCACGGCAACGCCUCCCUCCUCUUCAAACGGACAAAGCCA